CAUCAUGAGGUGGUCACUUCUCCUCAGCCUAUUAGUGGCAAUUCAACCAGAAUUUAGUGUGUUUGCUAAAACAGGAGAAGCAAACGUUGGGGGAAAUUUCACAUUCGAAGCUGAUGCUCCUCCGAAGAAUGUGACUUUAUGUCGUUUUAAACACGACAAACUCGUUUACAAUAUUUAUCCAAAUCCGCAAGACCGCCGGAUACGCCAUCUCGGAGGCAAUAAUUGCUCAUUCCAGCUGACCAACGUUCACAUUAAUGAUGACGGCAAAUGGGAAAUCUGGACGUAUGGACCAGGUGAACUCCCUCCAUCGGCUGAACCCAUCAUUACUGAAUAUGACUUAGAGGUGCUGGACGCUGAAAACUCUGAACAAAUGUCGGCUGAAUCAACGCCACCUACUGAAUCUCAAACGAAACCUACGACGGAAUCAACUGGUGGGCCAACAACAAACUUAACUGCUGCACCAACAACGAAAUGGACUCCUACACCAACAACGAAAUCAACUGCUCCAACACAACCACCAACACCUCCACCAACACCGGUGGAGAAGCAGAAACUUCAAAUUGGAUUUGGUGUAAACAUGAUGCUGGAUCACUACGAACUCGCCCAAAGAUGCAUCGUACUGCACAACAAUAUACUAUACGAGAUUUAUCCAAAGAUGAAUUUGACAGAUGCAAGCUUUGAGCAAGCAUUCCGUUGCAGAUUCCAAGUAGACCACAUCAACUGGGAGCACACUGGCAACUGGACCUUAACAGGUUUCUUCCCAGGAGCAGGAAAUAAUUUUGACCAAUUAGUCCCGCACUCCAUCAUUUAUGAGAUCUCUGCUUAUGAGAAAGUGGGGGUGCAGCCAGCUACAGAGGUCUCCAUGAACUCUGGUUAUGCCACAUUCUACCUUCCCAAGACUUUCGAGAAUCCAACCUCUUGUCGGAUUACAAAUAAGGGCGAGACGUUUGAACUUCUCGGCCAGAAAAUAGAUUCAAGCGAAGACAUUGAGCCCUACAAAACUUGUGGAGUGAGAAUGCGUUACGAUAAACAACGAGAAGGUACAUGGACUAUAAUCCAGUCAAGAGGAGAUUCCCAAGAAAUUAUUGGCUCAUUUACAAUCCACGAUGCUAAGGAUCCCGAAUUGCCGAAGAUUCAUCAUCAGUUUUGGACACGCGGUGCCCCUGAAUCGCUGCAAGUGGGAACCCCUAGCUUCCACCAAGUCACUUAUUGUGACAUCGUCAGACCGGACGGUGUCGUCAUCCCAUUAUCAGAUCCAGAGUGUAAAUAUGAGGUGAACGCGACUGACAAACAUGCUGGUACUUGGAAAGGACGAUAUGGAGUUGAUCACAGCAUGAAGCUUUUUGAAGAAGACUUCAUUGUUGAAGUCUGGGAUUCCGAAUCUGUCGAGAUAUCCGUAACCACUGAAGGCGACAGAGUCACGAUGUUAUGCAGAACUGGAUUGAAAUCUCUCAAGAAUUGCAUGUUCCAGUCGCCAAAUGGAACUGUUUUCACCCUUCAAGGUGGCAUGGGAGAUGGCAACUACGAAUAUUACGGACGUGGUUUUACCAAAGAACCACGCGGUGCAUCGCCAAAGAGAGCUGAGUGUGGGCUGACGAUCCGUGAGCCCUCACCUCACGAUUACGGAGUUUGGAAAUGUUCUAUGAAAAAGUUCCAUGAAAGUAAUAUGAAAAAGCUGAAGGAGGCCUCAAUCCAUGGCCUCAUCGACGUUCCAAAUCCCAAACAGAAGGAUCUCACAGGUGACAUAGUUUCAUCUCCUGCUGUUUACGUAAAACGUGGCGAUCCAUUCACGAUUCGAUGCACCACCAACGCUCCAUUGAAUUUCUGCUGGAUGCGAAGUCCCAAUGGCACCAUGUACUCAGUGACAAAAAGCGGAAGUGGUGGAAAUCUUUUAAGUUACAAUGGUGAAGGUUUGUCCAUGGGUGUUUGCGGUGCACGUGUUGAAAAUGCUGACGACACGGACAACGGCGAUUGGAGCUGUCAGCUGGGUGUUGUUGGUGCUGCGGAAGUAAAGUCGAUAGUUCCGGUUACGGUCACUGAAUCGGAGCUCAUUCCAAGGGCUGAGAGCAUCUCGGCUUAUCCGGGAAAACCAACAGUCCUUAGUUGCCAUACUUUACCAUCAAGCGAAGCUACCAUCGAUUACUGCCGAUGGGUCCGUCCAAAUGGACACGGGAUUUAUCGUGAUACCGUGUCACGUUAUGUGUCACAACGAGAUAACACCACCUGUACAUUGAGGCUCAAUGCUGUCGCUCCAGAAGAUCUUGGAACCUGGAUGUGCUUCGCCCGUCUGAAAACAGGCUCUGACAGGGAGGUUUCGAGUAGAAUCAACUUGAAAACUGAAACAGCAGAAUCGGCAUUCGUGGAAAAUACUGCGCUCCAUAUUGUGGCCAUCGUUCUCCUAGUUACCACCAUAAUUUGCACUGCUUUCAUGAUCAUGUCCUUGUAUCGGAGAAAAAAUCGUCGCACUCCAACAUCACCCGGAGUCUACCAGGACACGGACGACUACUUAUCGAAAAAUGUCGAGAUCAAGGUCCUGCCGUAUUUCAAUAAUCUCAAAACCUCCCAGAAUUCGUUCAAGCAAUGAAUCCCCGGAAACCAAAUCGUCAAUCGCAGACUGUUAGAAAGAGAUUGGAAUUCCAUUCGAUUUAGGGGAAAAAAUGGUGAAACUUUAUAUUUCACUGCAAAAAUCAAUGAAAUUCCGAAAUUUUUAGCAGCAGAACAAUGAGAAUUACUCAACAUACUUGAAUUUUCAGUAAAAACAUGAAUACUCAGCACCAAAUUACGCUGAAUUGUCAAUUAAUCGAAAAUGUAAUAAUAUAUUUACAGGGAUAUUCAAAUAUUAUGUCACAUGUGUCUUGGACAUUUUAGAUCCUCUCCCUCAGUCACACGUCAUAACGAUUGUGGAAUCCCCCUCGCAUAUUACGUCACAAAAUCCAGGAGUCCCCUCCCCUGUUAUGGCGAUUUUUUUAGUUUCUACAUAAAAUUGAAUUUGAUCAAUAAGAAAAAGAAAAUAAAUGAUUACGUGAACAAUUGAA